AUGGCUGAGAAGUCCACCAAGCACCGACACCCAAUGCAGGAACCCGACUCGAUGGUACCACCGCGCCCGAUGACGCUUAACAACAUCGUCUUCCUUGGACGCAAGAAAGUAGGCAUACCACGAAUUCUUCGUGGAGUUGGCCAACCUAAUACCUCAGCCGAUUACACGCCUUCACUGGACACUUAUCAUUACCGAGAAUCUCGUUCCGCGCGGGAUUAUGUUUUGGUCGAUGCGGGUGGAGUCAACGAAGAAGAAGCGCAGAGGCAGAUGGAGGUAGCCAAAGGCCUCGUGGUGGUGUACGACCCGUCCGACACGGAAAGCAAAUCAUAUGUCGAAAGCAUCACCAAGCUUGCUGCAGGAAAACCUGGCUUGUUGGUUGCUCCGAAGGUCGACGAGGAUUGGCGUGUCUUAGCCACAUCACAGGAGUGGGACAUAGGAAGAGAGGAAGAGGUGGACACCAAGUUGGGAUACUUGGCUAAUAGGUUGGCUCAUCGAUCCCGUUAUUCGAGUCCUUUCGACUCAUAUGUUGUUGCUGUUUGA